UUUAGCGGACCUGUAGCAGAAGAAGAGUGGGUGUGUAGCGCUGCUAGGCUGUUAGCCGCUCUGAUUCGGUUUGUAAUCCGGUUUUUGAUCCGGUUUGUGGGGAGAUGCCGGCUGUGUCUAAAGGGGACGGGAUGCGGGGCCUGGCGGUCUUCAUCUCCGACAUUAGGAACUGUAAAAGUAAAGAGGCUGAAAUCAAAAGAAUAAACAAAGAGUUGGCCAAUAUUCGCUCCAAGUUUAAAGGAGAUAAAGCGCUGGAUGGCUACAGUAAGAAGAAAUAUGUCUGUAAACUGCUCUUCAUUUUUCUGCUGGGUCAUGACAUCGAUUUCGGCCACAUGGAGGCAGUCAACCUCCUCAGCUCCAACAAAUACACAGAGAAACAGAUCGGCUACCUGUUCAUCUCGGUGCUGGUGAACAGUAACAGCGAUCUGAUCAGACUGAUCAACAACGCCAUAAAGAAUGACCUGUCCAGCAGAAACCCCACCUACAUGAACCUGGCCCUGCACUGCAUUGCAAACGUGGGCAGCAGGGAGAUGGCAGAGGCAUUUGCAUCAGAAGUACCACGAAUCCUGGUGGCGGGUGACACCAUGGACAGUGUGAAGCAGAGUGCAGCACUGUGUUUAUUACGGCUCAACCGGACCUGUCCUGACCUCGUCCCAAUGGGAGAGUGGACUUCACGUGUCGUUCACCUUCUCAACGAUCAGCACCUGGGAGUGGUGACCGCUGCAACCAGUCUGAUCAGCACUCUGGCUCAGAAAAACCCAGACGACUUCAAGACCUCUGUUUCUCUGGCUGUGGCCAGACUCAGCCGGAUCGUCACAUCAGCCUCCACUGACCUACAGGACUACACAUAUUAUUUUGUUGCUGCACCGUGGCUGUCAGUCAAACUGCUCCGCCUUCUGCAGUGUUACCCACCACCAGAGGAUGGAGCGAUUCGAGGACGCCUGACUGAAUGUUUGGAAACAAUCCUGAACAAAGCGCAAGAGCCUCCAAAGUCCAAAAAAGUCCAGCACUCCAAUGCCAAGAAUGCAGUUCUGUUCGAAGCCAUCAGUCUCAUCAUACACCAUGACAGUGAACCGACGCUGCUGGUCCGCGCCUGUAAUCAGCUGGGUCAGUUUUUGCAGCACAGAGAGACUAAUCUGCGCUACCUGGCCUUGGAGAGCAUGUGCACCCUCGCCAGUUCAGAGUUCUCCCAUGAAGCAGUUAAAACGCACAUCGAGACUGUAAUCAACUCUCUUAAGACUGAGCGGGAUGUGAGUGUGAGGCAGCGUGCUGUUGACCUGCUCUACGCCAUGUGUGAUCGCAGCAACGCCAAACAGAUCGUCACAGAGAUGCUCAGUUACUUAGAAACAGCCGACUACUCCAUCCGAGAGGAAAUCGUCCUGAAAGUGGCCAUCCUCGCAGAAAAGUACGCAGUGGACUACACCUGGUACGUGGACACCAUCCUGAACCUGAUCCGCAUUGCUGGAGACUACGUGAGCGAGGAGGUUUGGUACAGAGUCAUUCAGAUAGUCAUCAACCGGGACGACGUUCAGGGAUACGCCGCCAAAACCGUGUUUGAGGCAUUGCAGGCUCCAGCUUGUCAUGAGAACUUGGUAAAGGUGGGCGGAUACAUCCUGGGCGAGUUUGGCAACCUAAUUGCUGGAGACCCUCGAUCCAGUCCACUUGUUCAGUUCCACCUGCUCCACUCCAAGUUCCACCUGUGUUCGGUUCCCACUCGCGCUCUGCUGCUCUCGGCGUACGUUAAGUUCAUCAACCUGUUCCCGGAAGUGAAAGGUACCAUACAGGAAGUGCUGCGCUCGGAUAGUCAGCUGAGGAAUGCAGAUGUGGAGCUUCAGCAGCGAGCUGUGGAGUACCUCCGCCUGAGCUGCAUCGCCACCACGGACAUACUGGCUACAGUUCUGGAGGAGAUGCCUCCUUUCCCCGAGCGAGAGUCUUCCAUCUUGGCGAAACUGAAGAAGAAGAAAGGUUCUGGAACUGUGUCUGAUAUUGAAGACAGUCGCAAAGAGCGCAACGUCAAUGCCAACGCCAACGUCAACGGCAGCAGCGAUCACACCAUCACCAACACAAGCGCAAAGCCUCCUCCCUCUUUUGCUUGUGAUCUAUUGGCUACAGCUCCACCCCCCACCAACAGGCCACGCCCUAUCCCUUCCUCCUCCAUGCUGCACACGCCCCUCACCCCUUUAUCACCGAAGGCUUAUACACCUCAGCCUGUUACGCCAACUGUCCCCUUUUAUCAGGUUACUUCUUCCCCGUCGUCAGAUCUUCUGGGCCUGGGGAACAGCUCAGCAGUAAACUCAGCUAGUCCUCCAACCUCCUCACACGCAGCCAGCCUGCUGGUGGAUGUGUUCUCAGAAAGCCUGCCUGUAGCAGCUUUGGGUUCUGCCUCUGCACACGUCAUAGAGGAAAACUUCUCAAGGUUCGUCUGCAAGAAUAACGGAGUGUUGUUUGAGAGUCAGCUGCUGCAGAUUGGCCUGAAGUCUGAGUUCAGACAGAACCUGGGUCGCAUGUACAUUUUCUACGGAAACAAAACGUCAACGCAGUUCCUGAAUUUUUCAUCCUCUGUGGUCUGUCCCGAACCACUCAGCUCCCAGCUGAACAUUCACAUGAAAGCUGCUGACCCUGUGCUGGACGGAGGAGCUCAGCUUCAGCAGAUCCUGAACAUCGAGUGCAUAUCUGACUUUGUGGAAGCACCAGUGCUUAAUAUUCAAUUCAGGUACGGAGGCAGCACACAGAAUAUCUCCGUCAGGCUUCCCGUCACCCUCAACAAGUUCUUCCAGCCCACAGAGAUGACGUCUCAGGACUUCUUCCAGCGCUGGAAGCAGCUCAGCGCUCCCCAGCAGGAGGUGCAGAAGAUCUUCAAAGCCAAGCAUUCUAUGGACACAGAAAUCACGAAAGCUAAGAUCAUCGGGUUUGGAACAGCUCUGCUGGAUGGAGUAGACCCAAAUCCUUCAAACUUUGUGGGUGCCGGAGUGAUCCACACCAAGACUAUACAGGUUGGCUGCCUCCUGAGACUAGAGCCCAACACUCAGGCACAGAUGUACCGACUGACUCUAAGGACAAGCCGCGAGUCGGUGACUCAGAGACUGAGUAAUCUUCUGUCGGAUCAGUUCUGAGCACUCGUCUUCCCUCCUCCCUGCCAUCAGACACGCCUCCCUCUCCUUACAUCUGUUACCUCUUACACAUUUCCUCAUAUAAAUCAAUAUUAACUCCAUGUACAGUGUACAUUUCCUGAUGCCUUUAUUUUUUACUCAUAUAAGAACGAGCCUCUUCUCCACUUUAGCUGACUGAUCUCUGUCUGCUUCAGGCCUGCAGCUUCAUCACAGAUGCAAUAAUGUUUUAUUGUUUUUGGUUUAUUUGGGGUGUUUUUUUAUGUUUGUUUUAUAUACCAGAGUUAAACCAUCUCCCUCAGACUCAGACAGUGUAGUGAACGAGUGAGGGGUGGUUGGAUUACAGGAAUGGUACUUUUCUUCUGCUGUUUCUACAGUUUAUCAGUGUGAGCAGGAACAGCUAGAUGUAGGAAAGUUCUGGUCUGGUCACUCAGUAAAUAAAGUGCCUUGGUGGAAUAAGAGGUGGAGACUCAGGGGACAGAAGAUGUUUCAUACCUGCCUUUCCUGGAAGCAAAGAGUUAGACGUGACUGAGUGCAGGGCUGCACGAUAUGAAAAAAUCGCAGUGUUUUUUAUUGGGGCUGUGCUGUAGAAGAACACCUUUUGUUUCACCAAAUAACCUUUCAAGGCAAUUCCAAAAAUUCUAGCAUUUGUCCAAAAAUGUUCUGCAUUAUUCAGUGGUUUGGUGUGAAACAGUUUAUUGUAGUCAAACUGACUUCUUUACAUUAGAGGUGAACCAAACGAGACGUUGUCCUGAAAAUAACACAAAUACAGCCGUUUUAAUUACUCAAACAGUAAAUAAUCAUUUUUAUAUAGAAAGUCAGUGAUGGUAAAAAAAUAGGCAAAUCUGAACAAAAUAUGUCUUCCUCUGCAUGUACCCCUUCACUAUUUUAAGGGUAUCAUUGCUUUUUGAUAAGGGUAUCAAAAAGCAAAACCCUCUCAAAAUUAUGAUGGAACAUAAAAAAUGAUUUAAAAAAAAAUAGUCUCAAGCAUUCAGUGUAAAACACUUUUAACUCUUUCAUUUCCCCACCAAGGGAAAAUAUUUAUUUUGGACAGUAUUAAAAAACAAGUGUUUUUAUUCUCUUUUUUAAUGUUUUUAAAAUAUAUGCCUCUAUGAUACUUUUGGUAAAACCAGAACACAAUCUGCAAAAUAAUAAUAAUAAUAAUAAUAAUAAUAAUAAUAAUAAUAAUAUUAGAUUAAUGAUUAAAAACAGAAAACAUGUAGUGCUAGUUUAGGCAGAGCUAUAUCUUGCAGCCCUUCUACACUCACAAUGUUCUCUCUCAGAGCUGCUGUGCUGAGAGAUCGGUGUUUACGAGGUUGGAUCUUUAAUCUUUUAUACAGUGGCACUACCACUGCCAGCUUCUCCAUGUGCCUUUAACUUGUAUGUUCCCUCAGGGUGAUGAUCUGUCUGAAUGAUGUUCCCUUUGGGUGUUCUUCUUGGGUAAUGUUACCUUGGGGUGAUGUUCUCUCAGGGUGAUGUUUCCUCUGGGUGAUGUUACCUUGGGGUGAUGUUCUCAUGGGGUGAUGUUAACUCUGGGUGAUGUUCUUCUUGGGUAAUGUUACCUUGGGGUGAUGUUCUCUCAGGGUGAUGUUUCCUCUGGGUGAUAUUACCUUGGGGUGAUGUUCUCAUGGGGUGAUGUUAACUCUGGGUGAUGUUCUUCUUGGGUAAUGUUACCUUGGGGUGAUAUUACCUUGGAGUGAUGUUCUCACUGGGUGAUGUUCUUUUUGGGUAAUGUUACCUUGGGGUGAUGUUCUCUCGGGGUGAUGUUUCCUCUGGGUGAUGUUUUUCGGGAUGAUGUUUCCUCGGGGUGUUGCUUCCUCGGGGUGAUGUUCUCUCGAGGUAAUAUUCCUGUGGCUCUGUAACUGUGUACUAUGUUUUUUUUUGCCAAAUAAACUGCAUUAAAACACGUA